AUGACUACUGUAUGUAAAGAGGGUGAUGCGGUGUCAGUGAGAGCAGGCGGUGACUUUUAUUACGACCCCCAGACAGCGGAGGAGCAAACAGACCUGUUAUUGGUUGCUGGGGGCGUGGGCAAGAACCCCAUUUAUUCCAUACUGCAGCAUUUUGUGAACUUACAGCUGGAAUAUUGUGAUAGAGAGAGGAAGGUGGUGCUGCUGUAUUCUUCUUCAGCCAGGGAGGAAUUGCUCUAUAGGGAUCACAUCAAAGAAUUGGCGGACAAAAGUUCCAAAAUUUUCUACAAGUUCUUCGUCACCCAGCAACCAGAAAAUAAAGAAAGCACGCACAUGAGGAAUGGCAGAAUAGGAGAGGAUGAUGUUACAGAGGCUUUAGAAAAACUGAACACGGAGAAACUACUGUGCUAUAUUUGUGGACCCUCCACUAUGUCUAAUGCCGUGGAGGGAUUUCUGCUGAAUUCAGGAGUGCCGAAAAAUAAGAUAAUGUAUGAGAAAUGGUGGUGAUGAUCAGGAAUUGUUUAUCAACUAAAUUACAUGUAGCACACAUUUGUUAUUUAGUUCAAUCUAAUUUGACUUUAAAUGUUUUGACAGACAUGAUUAAUUUUCUAUUGACAAAAUUAGCUGUCUGAGGUGUGGUGGGACAUCUUUGUAGACUGCUUUUUGAAGUAGCUCAGUCUUUGUUAUGGAUCCCCACACCUCCCUUGCUCUUUCUCUCUUGCUGUAGAUUGAUAGUAGUAUUUAUAAUGUAAGUUAAAGCUUUACUGAUUGCCUUCUGUGAUGCUCUGUUGCAUUUAAUUAUAUUUAAGUAUUAUUGUAAUUUCUUAUAAAAACUACUUAUAAU